GCUUUAGCUCCACAGCCCGGCUCCGGUGCAGGUCCAGGCCCACUACAGACCCCUGGGCCGGUUCCGGUCCGGUCCCGGUCCGGUCCUCCGUCCUGCGGAGGCCGGGCUCCGCCACUAGGCUUCCCCUCCGCCUAUCACCGCCCUCCGCAGCUCGGAACCCGGAAGCAGCGGCGGCUUUGUUUUGUUUUGGUGGCCGGAGUUGGAGGAGGACGGCGGAGGUCCGGCCGGGACCAGAGAUCUCUACUGGGGCAGAACCGCUCCGCUAAAUGGGUCGAACCGAACCUGGGAUGGACGAUGACGGACCGGUAGCCGCCGCCUGUGACAUGCCGAGUUUUAUCAGCAGCCUGGAGGAGGGGAGGGCCAGACUGUCCCGCAACCCGCCCGCUGAAACUUCCUCCUCGGACGGUAAAGUUGAACCGGACCGUGUCAGCGGCUCCGAGUCCCGGAUCUCGCUGGACGGAGGCAGCGGGGAACCGGAGGAGCAGGGCGGCGGGGAGCGGCGGGAUGCGGAGGGCAACAACAACAACAACUGCAACGGCGGAGGGAGACGAGCAGGGCGGAGAUACAGCGCCGUGGAGGUCCUGAGGAGGAACUUCGGGGAACCGAAGUCUCCGUCGCUGCGUUUCAGCUUCAACGGUCGGAUGCAGAAACAAGAAAGCUCCGAAGGACGCGGAGACGGCGACGGUACUGACGGUAACGGGACCGAAUGCGGAGAGUGUGAGAAGUCGGACGGAGAACCGGGCGGAGCGGGGACUAAAAACGAGCCAACCUCAGCGAGUUCUGCUGGUACCGGAGUUGAUCCUGCCACCGGGUCGGACCGGAGCCGUCACCCCGGGGAGGGCGACCCCAGCUCGGACACUCUGGAGGAGUGUGUCGGUGCCAAGCAGCACGUUUACUGCACCGUCUACUGCAUCGCGGCGGACGCUGAAUUGUCACACCUUCGGGAUGAACCGGACACAGAAACGGACCUGGAGACCGGACGGGAAGGGAGUCCAAGUCCCGAACCGGUUCUGUACACUCUGGAGGACCUGGUGGACCCGUUCGGGGACUUGUCCCACCGGCUGUACUUGGAGCAGGCCGGUGCGGGGACGGCGGUGCAGAGCUGCCGGGUGUGCCUGGAGGAUAAAACCAUCGCCUCCCUGCCCUGCUGCAGAAAGGCCGUAUGUGACGGGUGUCUGAAGCUCUACGUCAGUUCCCAGGUGCGCGUGGCCAAAGCUCUGAUCAGCUGUCCCAUCCCGGAGUGCAGCGGCAGCCUGGAUGAAGCUCUGGUGGUUUCUCAUCUGGUUCCUGAGGACGUGGCCAAAUACCACUACUUCCUGGAGCUCAGCCAGCUGGACUCCAGCACCAAACCCUGUCCUCAGUGCAGCCACUUCACCUCCCUGAAGACCCACAACCAGAACCAGAACCAGAACCAGAACCAGAACCGCUCCGAGCACAAGUACAAGAUCCAGUGUAGCAACUGCCAGUUCGUGUGGUGCUUUAAAUGCCACGCUCCCUGGCACAACGGCCUGAAAUGCCGCGACUACAGGAAAGGAGACAAGCUGCUACGAACCUGGGCGAGCGUCAUCGAGCACGGCCAGAGGAACGCCCAGAAGUGUCCAGAGUGUAAGAUCCACAUCCAGAGAACAGAGGGCUGUGAUCACAUGACCUGUACUCAGUGUAACACCAACUUCUGUUACCGCUGUGGAGAACGAUACCGACACCUCAGGUUUUUCGGCGACCACACGUCCAACCUGAGCGUGUUCGGCUGCAAAUAUCGCUACCUGCCGGAUAAACCUCACCUGAGACGCUUCAUCAGAGGCUCCGUCUGCGCCUCCAAGGUUCUGAUCGCUCCGGUGGUCCUCCUGCUGGUCGUGGUGCUCGGAGCUCUGGCACUCGUCAUAGGGUUGGUCGUUUUCCCGGUUUACUACGUCUGCAAGAGGAGGAAGAAGCAGCAGCGAACCCGAGGAUCCGGACGAUGGAUUUGACGACCAAAAGACGGAAACCUUCCUCAGGGAGCCGGAGUCGUCGCUAAACUCAGACUUUUAUUCUGGCGGGGACGUUUCAGGCAGGAAACAGGAAGUGGAGCCGGGAUUAUUCCUCUUAUUGUUGCACAUUAUCCAGAUUAUUUAUGUGUCGCUGCUGCUUGGAAGGAGGUUUGAACCUGAGGGAGGAGGAUUUUCUCUCUUUUUAACAACAUUUAGCCCCCGAUUUAUUCAGCAGAACGAACAGAAAACACAAACUGAGCGUCACUCCUUCUUUUUAAUCCAGAAUCAGGGGUUAAAAAAAAUGUGUUUUCAAGAGUUUGAGAGUUAAAAUAAUGAAACACAAUCACUAGAAGACAAAUCUAAUAAAAUACAAAGAAAAAGAUGCAAAUGGAAAUAUUUUUGGGGAAAGUUCUGUUAAACAUGGAGGCAAAGACUCCCUAAAAACCUUAAAACCAAAGAUAAAAAUCGACAAAUCAAAUCUAAAACGCUUUAAUUCUGAAUCUGACAUUAAACAAAAACAAUAACUCAUUUUUCUGCACAUAAGAAUUUAUGUUCAAGUCAAAAAACAUUAAAGAAAUGAAGAAACGGGACACAAAUUUAGAUUAAAAUGAGAUUGUGAUCUGGACAAUUUUUUAAAUCAAUUUGUAAGAAUUUCAAUCAGUUUGAUCAGUUUUUGAAUCUUUUUCGACAAUGUUUAAAUCAAUUCAUGUGAGUUUGAAGACAUUUUGGUCACUUUAGAAGAGUUUCAGGUCAGUUUGGACAAAUUUGGAGUACUUCUAAAUGGAUUUAAGGUCAUUUUCAUCCAUUUUUUGUCAUUUUAAAUGAGUUUUAGGUCAUUUUUGGUCAAUUUUUCAGUCAUUUUAAAUUGGUUUUUAAUUAUUUUUGAUCAGUUUUGAAGUCAUUUUACGUGAGAUUCAGUCAUUUUGGUCAAUUUUUAAUAACUUCAAGUGAGUUUUAAGACAGUUUGGACCAUUUUGAAAUGACUUUAAAGUAAUUUUGGUCCAUUUUUAGUCACUUUAAAAGAGUUUCAAGUAACUUUGGACAAUUUUUGAGUGAUGUUUAAAUUAAUUUUUAGUCAUUUUGGUCCACUUUUAGUAAUUUUAAAUGAGUUUUACUCAUUGUGAAUCAUUUUUUACUUAUUUUAAAUGAACUCAAGUCAUUUUAGACAAUUUUUGCUUCACUUUGAAAGAGUUUCUGUGAUUUGAGUCAUUUUAAAUUAAUUUUUAGUCAUUUUGGUCUAUUUUUUAAUCAAUUUGUGUGCGUUUGAUGUCAUAUUGGACCAUUUUUGAGUCAUUUUGGUCAAUUUCUGAGUCAUUUUGAAUUAAUUUUAAUAAUUUAAGUUUUUGAGUAAUUUUCAAUUAAUUUUAUUCAUUUUGGUCAAUCUUUGAAUUUUCUUUUUACUAUUAUAAGUCAGUUUCAGUGAAUUUCAGGUCAAUUUGGUCCAUUUUUAGUCUCUUUAAAUCAGAGUGAUUUUAGGCAGAUGUUGAGCGAUCGUGUACACAUCUGGAUUUUGUAAUUAAAGUCUGACUGUUCAGGUUUGACCAAAAUGUAAAUAUAUAAGAAAAAUGAAAAUGAGGUCUAAAUAAAAUUCAGUCAGAUUUUAUUAUCACUAUUUUCUGCAAAUUUAUCAACACAAAGAAGCUUCCUGGUCUCAUGAAAAUCCGUUUUUCCUCAUUUUCUAUUAAAAACUUGAGCAUGAACUCUGAGAAGAAGCCGUUUUUUGUCUGUUUAGGUCAUAAAUUAGUCAUGAAAUUACACUUUUUGGGUUCUUUAUUGGAUUUAAAAAGAACGAAUGACGCUCAGAUCAGCAGAAAAUUCAGUUUACGUCACUUUAAACACAGAAUGUAGCUCAGAACACUGGUCGGGUUUAUCUUCCAGGAGUCAUUAAAGCUGCUGGUCGAGCCGCUAGACUUUAUUUUUCGUUGCCAAGUUGUGCAGCAGCUGGUGAGGAAAACAGAAACCAAAACGGGACGAAGCCAUGGAGACGAAAAGACGACUGAGUAGUGAAGAUUUCCUCAAAAAAAAUUAACUUUUAUGGGGAGUGACGUGAAUAAAAGGUAGAUAUUUGAUGAUUUUUUGGAUAAAAGUGACUCAGAUUCUUCCCAGAAGGUUUGAAAAUCAGAAUUUUUAGCCCCUUUUAGUUCCAUUUUUUAUUUUUUCCUCUCAGCGUGUCGUUCUGUCGCUGCAUCGUGAAAACAAAGAAGAAACAAAACAAAGCGCUGAACGAGUCGCUCUCAUUGUUCUGCCGUCGACCGGAGGGUUUAUUAUGAUUGUUGUUGCUGCUUUACCAAAGAGCUGAACAGGGUUUGAUCAGCUUCAGGUCUGCUUGCUUUGAUUUGGAGCUUUUUAACACUUUAUUCCAACCUGCUACUUCCAGAUCUUCAGUUUCAGCUUCAUUUUUCUGCUCAGAUCACAGAAGUUCCUGCAGUUUAACAAAUUAAACAAAUCUUUACAUGAAGUAUUUUCACAUCUCAGCCCGAAUGAAAGGAAACAGAAAUCAGCCACCUGAAACCUGAGGCUAGUUAGUCAUAGCUCCACAGCUGGAUUCUUUUCUUCCACAAACAUCUGGAGGUUCUCUAAUCAGCAGACGACUCCUCCAAUAAAACGGACCAGUUUUUAGGCGUUGCAAGCAUUUUUUUUAUGUCGUUUGGAUCCAUUUUAAGUCUUUGUGGGCUAUUUUUGACAAAUUUUCUAUAAAUUUCAUUUCAUUUUCGACAAUUUUUAAGUCAUUUUAACGAGCUUAAAUUCAUUUUUGACCAUUAUUGAGUCAAUUUAAUGAGUUUCAAGUCAUAUUGUGAUCAUUUUUGACUCAUUUUCAGUGAGUUUCAAUUGUUUUUGACAAUAUUUGAGUCAUUCCAUAUGAUUUUCAAGUCAUUCUGUUCAAUUUUGAGUCAUUUUUUAAUAAUUCCUAAUGAAUUUCAAGUCAUAAUGGACAAUUUUAAGUCAUUCCAAAUGAGUUCCAAGUCAUUUUGGUCAACUCUGAGUCAUUUUGGAACACUUUUGAGUCACUUUUGUGAGUCAUAAUGGAUAAUUUUUGAUUCACUUUGAGUUUCAAGUCAUGAUGGACAAUUUGUAAGUCGUUUUAAAUGAGCUUCAGUCAUUUUUUAAUCAUUUCAAAUAAGUUUCAAGUCAUUUUGGACCAUGUUUCAGUCAUUUUUAAUGAGUUUCAAACCAUUCUUGACAAUUUGUGAGUCAUAAUGUGUGAAUUUCAAGGACACUCCUGAGUCAUUUUGACCUUUUUUGGGGUCUUUUUGCCUUUACUAUAGCGAACAGUGGAGAUAGAGACGGGAAAUGUGGGUAGAAAGUGGAAUGACUUGCAGUAAAUGGAUAUGGGCUGGCCAAUAUAACUCCUGUUUAUGGGUCCCAUGCUCAGCUAGCUGACCUACCUGGAUGCAAACUUUUGACCAUUUUCGAGUAAAUUUUGAUGAACUUCAAGUCUUUUUUUAACAUUUUUGAGUCAAUUUUAAGUAGUUUUUAAGUAAAGUUUAAAUGAGUUUCAAGUCAUAAUAGACCAUUUUUCGUCAUUUUGAAUGAGUUUGAGUCAUUUUUGAUGAAUUUCAAUCAUUUCACCACUUUUUCUUUUAUAAUUCCAAAUGAGUUUCAAGUCCUUCAGUCAAAUUUGAGUCAUUCUGGAUGGAUUUCACGUCACAAUGAACAAUUUUUUAAUGAGUUUUAAGUCUUUUUGAGUCAUUCCAAAUGAAUUCCAGGUCAUUUUGGUCCUUUCGAGUCAUUCUGGACAACUUUUCAGUCAUUUGGACAAGUUUCUAGUAAUUUCAGAGAUCCAUGCAGGUUUUCUGAGUCUGCCAUCAACAGGUUUCACUUUCUGCUGUUAUUCUGGACGUCCUGCCGUCUGUCUGCCUCCAUCCUCACAGAGAAAGUCAGACUCUCACAUGGAAACGAACCAGUGGAUUAAUAAGUGGGUGAUGAGGUCGGACAGCAGACAUCCUGGAUGCAGACCUCUAAUGCAGUUAGCUAAAUGUCCAUUCCAGGAGGCUAAUUUCUGUGUUUAGCUCCAUCCAUCCAUUCAUUUCUCUUGGUGGCAGCAGACUUAUCCGGUCGUUCAGACCUUUCUCUCCUCACCAACAUUUUUCCUGAGGUGUUCCCAGGCCAGAAGAGAUAUGGAGUUCCUAGAAAACCUCUAGUUUGUGCUUCAAUCUUUAGUAUAAAGGCCUAUCCUGUAACGAUUCCCCUAGUAUAUACGAUUUUGUGCCAAGAGUUUGGUCUGUUUGGAGUCAGAGGUGGUUUAAUUCGACUGAUGUUUAGAGUCAUGCGCUGUAGUCAAAUAUCGUCCAGGAAGCAUCUUAAUUUGAUGUUGAACAUUUGAACUGGCUGCUUUUGACACAAAGGAGCAGCAGCUCUACUCCAAACAUGCUAUCUUUGACAAAUUUUGACUGCUAGUAUCUGUAACGUCAUCCUUUAGGCCGCUAAUCGGAGUCUAAAGCUGUAUUCAAAGGUAAACAGUCGAACAGUGACAUACUUUUUAGCUCCCUUUUCACCAAAACUACCCCAAAACCUGCCAGUGGGUUAAAAAUGCAUCUUUGUCUUUAGAAAUUCUCCAAAAUGACACCAUUUAUCAACCAGAAACUGUAGUUUUUGGAUUUUUAACAUGUGUGGUGUUAAAACGUUUAAGACCCCAAAACGUUUGGAGUCUCUUUGGACAUUUUUUUGCAUUUUGGACCUUUUUUAAGUCAUUCAUAUGAGUUUAAAGUCAUUUUGGUCUUUUUAUAAAGUCCUUUUUAAUGGGUUUCAAGUCAUUUUGCACAAUUUCCAGUCAGUUUGACCAUCUUCUGAGUCAUUUUGGAUGAGUUUCAGGUCAUUUUGUAGUGUCAUCUUCCAUUUAAAUCAGCUCCUUGUAAAAAUUUUUUUAAAAAAAAUCUAUGUAUAAGCCAAAAAUGUAUUUUAUGAAAAUUACUGUUUUUCAUUUAAAAAUCUCCUAAAAUGAAACCAUUUGCACCGGAUUCUGUAAUUUAAAAAAUAUCCAGAGAUUUUGAACAUUCCUGAAACUUUUCCUGUGGACUAAGACGAAACAUUUGCUCGUUUCUUUUAUUAGUUUACUGCAAAAAUCUGUUUUCUUUGUGAAACUGCCGGAAGCUAAUGCUAAAGUAAUGCUAAGCUAACGAACCUGAAGCGUGCAUCAUUAGAUAAAGCCACAACAGAGACGUUAUUUGGAAACACAGCAGGUUGGAAUAAACCAGAAUUCAUUCCCUCUUAUAAAGUCUGCUUCACUGAUCCUUCAUCCUCCUGCUGUCCUUAUUUUUUUCUGUUUUACUGCCGCCUGGUGGCCGUUUCUCCUCGGUUGUCCGUCUGGAGACGUGGACGGACUCAGAAAACCACCAUCUGAGGCACCAAAACAAAAGUAUGGGAAGCUUCUCUGAGGUUCUGGUGUUUCAGGACGGGUUUACGGAAACGUUUUAAUGCAGAAAAGAGCUCAGCGCGGUACAGAAGGAACACGAUGGAGCUUCAACCUGCAGCAGGACGAACGUUUGGAGCUUCAUGCAUGUCGUUAGCUUCAUCCAGAACAUGUUCCAGCAUCCCGGAGCUCAUAAACAGUGACUCUGCACAUACGAAGCUCCUCAGAGAUCCUGUUAGACGCUGGUUUCAGCAGCAGCAGAAGAAAUCUCCGGGUUCGAGUCGCUCUCAGGGAGUUAAUGUUCAUCAUCAGAGCCGCUUCCUGACACCCGCUGCUGCCUAGCAACCGAGUUUAAAACCAGGAAGUGGAAGCAGAGAUCAAAACGUCUUCGAGACGUUGCGUUUUCCCGACGUGCAGUGAACGCAGCACGGAGGAAACGAAGACUAGAACACAUGUAUGGAACUGAAUGUGAGUUAAAGACACUGAUCUGCUUGAAAAUGUUCACAUGCAUCAUGUAGAGGCGAGUUUUAGCUGCUGCCACACUGAGCUCACUUUUAUCUGACUGAUAAUCAGCUGACAGUAAAAAUGGACGGUAUGCUUCAUAUUUUAAUCCUCUGAACCCAAAAAGACAUCUUUACCUUAAUAAUGAUUAAAAAAAACACCCAGCACCAUUUAUCAACCAGAAACCACAAAAACAGAAAGAAUUCUUUGCAUUUUGGACCAUUUUUGAGCCAUUUGUAUGAAGUUAAUUCAGCUCCUUAUCAAAAACCUAAAACCAAAUUUAAACCAAAUUUAAGCCAAAAAUCUAAAAUAUUUCAUGAAAAUCACCGUCCUUCAUUCAAAACUACCCCAAACCCUGCCAGUGGUUUAAAAAAGCAACUUUAUCUUUGAAAAUUCUCAAAACUGACCCAUUUAUCAACCAGGAACUAUUGAAACUGAAGAAAAACGUCUCAUUUUCAACUUUUCCACAUCGCUUGAGCUCAUCAUGACAUGAUUUUCCCCAGAAACUUGCCAAAUCUAAGCCUUAAAUCAUGAUGUUUUCAUAUAAUAUGAAGCUAACUAUAUUAAUUUAAAUAUUGUCCAAAAAUAAACCGUUAAUUCUCCAAUGAAAAAACUAAAAAAACGAACCCGUUGGCCACUAUUGUGAAGCCGUGACUCGCUCUGAUUUACAGUAGUUGUUUGCUUUUUUAAAUUAAAAGAAUCACAUUAUUUUUUAUUAUUAUUGCAGUUUGAUCCUCAGUUCGUGCCCACUUUUCAUCGAAAAUAUACAGAAAAAGAUACAGAUUUUGAUUAUUCUUGUAACGUUUGUGGUGGUGUUUCCACAGAGAAUGACUGAGACGAGGAUGUAAAUAAAUUAAAAAUAUAAAUAAUUAUUUAUCCCUAAUGUAGUUUUCUCUCAUGUCGGUAACACUGGUGGACUUUUCGAAAAAAAAAAUUAGCGUUGAGUUCAGUUUUUUCCCCUAUUUUUAUGAAGCAAAUAAUCAAAGAAAUUCAACUUUUCUUGGUUCUUUUUGCGCUUUUCUGUCGUUCUAUCGCACAGAAGACAUUUCUGAGCAGAAAACAGGUUCAGAAGGUUAAAUUAUGAGUAAAAUUUGAAUGAAUUCACCAUUUUUUUGUUUUGUUUUUGUUUUCAGAUGAGCCUGCCUUCUACACCGAUCAGCCACAACAUUAAAACCACUUAAAAUAUAAAGUAGAUAACAUCAGUAAUGUUGUUUAAAGGCAACGUUCUGCUGAGAAACUUUAAUUUUUACAUCCAUGUGGACACAUUUCUUGACAUCAAAAUAUUUCUGCAGACGACAAUCUGCCCUAACAAACCUUAAAAACCCAUCAGAGGACUCCUUCAGAGCGCUUUUAAUCCAUGUUUUUGACAGUUCUAAAUUGUUUUAGACGCAGAAAAUUGACUUUUUUAAUGUCGUGGCUGGUUGGUUUAAUCUAUUUCGGUGACAUUUUGUCCCAAAACCUCCUGCUGAAUGUCUUUUUACCACCACUAACAUGAUUUUUCCAUCAAUCAUGACCAGAAAAUGAACAAAAAGCAGCUUUAAAUUGAAGUAAAAACACCCAAUAUCAAGUCAAAGUCAGCUUUUCCUCUGGAUUUGCAUUCAUGAAUGAGUUUUUCAGGUUUUAAUUAUUUAUAAUUUAUCACUAUUUGGUCUCAAUGUUAGUUUUUUUCACCCUUAAAUGCACAAAUCUGCCCACUGAGGUGAUGUUUAGAUGCCAUUUAGAGGGUUUUUUCUUGUUGUACAGCGAGUUAUUUUUGCUCUAUUAAUUAUUUUAGCCAAUUAUUUUCCUUUUUUCUGGGGCGUAUCGGCUGGCUGAUGCCUCCAGGUCGUUUUAUUUCUAUAAAAAAUCCCACUAAUGAUGGAGUAAAUGGUGCCUUCACACGGAUCAGAUUAUCAGUUUGUGGCUGCAGAAAUCGCACUGUACGACUUAGAAUAAACAAUAAAACGUCAUGUUAAUGUAAAUUAUGUGGAACUACUGCUGGAUAUAUCGAUGGAUUUUAACACCGACGCUCAUUCAGGAACUUUGUUUUCUGAUAAAUCUGUAUUUUAAAGCUUCGGAUUGAGUCCAGGAAUCCAAAAUGUCCAUUCAUACUCAGUUUUUUGGACAGGUUUUGCUGUUUUGGACCAUUUCUGAGUCAUUUAUAUGAAUCUGACGUCAUGUUUGACUAAAUUUGAGUCAUUUUGAGUCAGUUUUAAGUCAUUUUGGACUGUUUUUAGUCACUUUGAAUGAAGUUCAAGUAAUGUUUGACCAUAUUUUUCAUGUCAUCUUCCAUUUAGAUCAGCUCUUUGUCAAAAAAUGUAACCAAAUUUAAGCCAAAAAUCAAAAAUGUUUGAUGAAAAUCACAUUUUUUCAUUAAAAAAUUCUCCAAAACUACCCCAAAAACCUCAAUAAAAUGCGACUUUAUCUUUAUUAAUUCUCCAAAAUGGCACUAUUUAUCAACCAGAAAUUGUAAAAUCAGAAAUAAUUUUUGGAUUUUUAAGAUGUGUGGUGUUCCCCAAGAAAGUUUUAAGUCUUUUCGUACAGGUUUUGCCAUUUUGGACCAUUUUUAAUCAUUUUGGGCCACUUUUGAGUAAUUUUAGACCAUUUUUGAGUCAUUUACAUCAGUUUCAAGUCAUUUUUUUACCAUUUCUGAGUCAUUUUAAAUCAGUUUAAAGUCAUUUUGGACAAUUUUAGUCACUUUGAAUGAAGUUCAAGUAAUGUUUGACCAUAUUUUAGCCAUUUUAAAUUAAUUUCCUGUCACUUUGGACAAUUUUUGAAUCAUUUUGGACAAUUGUUGAGUCCGUUUGUAUGAGUUUCAAGUAAUUCUGGAGUGUUAUCUUCCAUUUAUUUCAGCGUCUUGUCAAAAAAUGUCACCAAAUUUUAGUCAGAAAACAAAAUACUUUAUUAAAAUCACCUUUUUCCAUUUAAAAGUUCUCCAAAACUACUCCCAAAUCUGUCAAUGAGUUAAAAACUCAUCUUUAUCUUUAAUAAUUUUCUAAAAUGACACCAUUUAUCAACCAGAAACUGUAAAAACAGAAAAUAUUCACUUUAACUUCACUCUGCAUUGAAACAAAGAAGCACUUUUUGAUUCCUUCUGUCUGUGAUUAAACCAAAAACUCGCUUCAUUUCCACUCAGGAUGCCGCUUCGUUUGGGUUUUUCAGAGUUAAAUUCUUCCACCUGCUGCCGCCGUCGAAGAAAAUCAAGCUGCUGAAGUUAUUAUCGCUCACGUAUUCAGGCACAAACACUGUUUUCAUCUGAGGUUUGAUGGAGAAUAAACAGACUGAAAUGCCAAA